AUGCCCGGUAGAGGAGCUUGUUCUGGUGCAGGCGUGGGGAGGUUGCCUGGGUACUGGGUGUGUGUGCUGGUUCUCUGUGCCCUGGUGACAGGCUAUGUCAGCGCGUGCCCUGCCCUGUGUACCUGCAGUGGCACCACAGUUGACUGCCAUGGUCUGGGCAUCAAAACUAUGCCCCGGAAUAUACCCCGCAACACAGAGAGACUACAGUUGAUGGAGAAUCAGAUUGGAGCGAUAGAGCGUGGAGCGUUUGAUGACAUGAAGGAGCUGGAGAGACUGCGCCUGAAUAGGAACCAACUGCAGCAGCUUCCGGAACUUCUGUUUCAGAAGAACCCUGCACUUUCACGUCUAGAUCUGAGUGAGAACAACAUCCAGUCCAUCCCCAGGAAGGCUUUCAGAGGAGCUACAGACAUCAAGAACCUUCAGUUGGAUAAGAACCACAUUGGCUGCAUGGAGGACGGAGCCUUCAGAGCACUGAGGGCCCUGGAAGUACUUAAGACACACACACUGUGCAACAGUGGGGGUAAAGAAUGGUAG